AUGGUAAAGACACGAAAAUUUGUGGAGGGAGAUAGUACCUUAGCAACAAAAGUUGUUUGGGAUGACGAGCUGACAUUGAUAUUUUGUGAACUUUGCGUGAAUGAAGUCAAUGCUGGUAAUAGACCGACAACUCAUCUAAACUCAAAAGGAUGGGAAAAUGUUGUUGCUCUUUUUCAAGCAAAAACACAAAAAAUUUAUGGAAAACCUCAAUUGAAAAAUAAGUGGGAUACAUUAAAAAAGGAAUGGAGGUUAUGGAGGGAGUUGCUUAAGGACGCUACAGCCACUGGAGAGAAUGCAUGGGCACCUUCGUCUGGUGUUCUUCCAAGUGGGGUUCCUACGGGAGAUGCUACACCUAAUGAGGGAUUUGGUGAUUCAGAUGAAAAUAGCAAUGAGAAUGAAGAUAUCCCUCCUAAUGAGGUACCAUCAAACCCUUCUCAUGAAACUCCGAAUCGAAGAAAGGAAACACUUGGGGUUGUACACGGUAAAGGAAAAAAAUCAAGUUCAAGUAGAAAAUCAUCAAGAAAUUCAUUAGCUACUCAUAUUGAGAAAUUGUGUGAGAGUAUGGCUAGUCCAAGGAAGUCAGUGAAUGAAAUUAUUUUUCCUCACUCUGAAUAUUCUAUUUCAAAUGCAAUGGAUGCUUUGCGUGAUUUGGAAGAUAAAAUUCCCAAAAAAGAUGAACUGUACUAUUUUGCCAUCAAAAUGUUCCAAAUACCGGUGAAACGAGAAGUGUUUUUGAACUUAGAUCCAGAUGUUAGAGUUUGGUCGCUUCGACGUGAGUAUGCUGAACAAAGUCCGAUUGCAUCAUUUUCAUCCUUGGUAGCAACAUCCUCAUUCCCCUUCCAACCAUACCAUCCACCACCUCCACCAUAA